AUGGACAAAGCACUCCAGUUUCACCCCCGAGGUGGGGGGAGUACCACCCAACAAGCACUGAAUAUGCUCACCUGGAACGUGGGAGGAGCCGGGGCCAACAAAGUUCUCGACAUCCUCCUCACGCUCAGUCGGGGGGGCGGCCCACAUGCAAACCUUGCCACAGUGAACGUGGUGACCCUCCAAGAGGUGAUCUGCGAGCCUGGCAUUCACAUUGAGAGCUCGGAAAAUUGGACUCUCGUCAUGGGGAAGAUGGACACAGAGUGGAGAGGAGAAGGGGUCGCGUAUGACAACCUCAAAUAUUGUCACACACAAGCCGAGAGCCUAGAAGGGGCACUGUCAGUUGUACUUUGGGGGGGAAAAACAGCGCAGCGUGCACCACCUGACGCCCCAACAACCACGGACACACCCACACCACCACCACAACAAACCAACACACCUACCACAACCCCCCCUUGCAGCAACGAGGGGCGCACCAAACCCACCAUGGUGGGGGUCCUAUCAGCACACCUUCCGCACCAUGCCACGAUCCCUCAGACAGAACGUAUCCUCGCGGGAUGGGGAGCGUGCAGAGCCUUGGCGGAGACGCGCGUCAUCCUGGGGGGCGACCUCAACGAGACCUUCCGGGAGUUGGAAAUGGGGGCGGCGGCGUCUACGGGGCGAGGGGAGACGCUACUCCGUUGGAUGGAAGAGCACGAACUACGACUACCUGACCAAGCAAUGGACGAGCCCUCGUACCACCCCUACAACACGGCCAUGCGAGCCCGGCGACUGGACUACAUUGCCACGCGCAGGCUCCCAGCUGGGGACGGGCGCGUAAUGGAGGGGACGAGGGACAUCAUACAGUCGGACCACGACGCAGUCAUGCUGGAGACAAACUUCACGGUGCGGAACAAACCGAAACUCACGGCAACAUGGGGGGCGCGCGUCUUGAAAGAUCUCGACCAAGUUGAAGAAGCGCUACGAGAACAACGCCGAGGGGAUCCUCAUCACAUCAUUGCAGAGGUGGCCAAAGCGAUCACCGUGCCCGCCCCGCAAGGAGGUGAACCGUGGCAGGAAAGUGACCAGUUGAAGCACCUCCGACAUCGAGCCAAGCACGCGGGGGAAACUGAACGGCGAGGCCUAUGGAAACAAGUCUGGAACACGCACAAACGCGAGAGGAAGGCAUGGUUGCAGCGCAAAGUGCAGGCAGCUGCCAACAUGAACUGGGGAGAGCUGCGAGCACUUGGGAAACAACGCCAAAACAAACAAUGGGAGCACCACCUGCUGGGCAGGCCAGGCUGGCAAGAUGAACUACGCGAGCACUUUGAGGGGACAUUUGCCAAAGUUCCCCGAGAACGAGUUCAGAAAGCCUUUGGGGAGCUGCGACGCGCUCUGGAGCAUCGAUGCAAAAGGACCCCCUGGAAGCCCUUCAAGGAAGAGGAACUGGUUGCAGCAAUGGCCACGUGGGGGCGCCGAAAAGCCACCGGCGUCGACGGAACCUCACUGGAAGCACUACGAGCCAUGCAGCAGGAUCGGGUCUGGGGGGAGAGACUCCUCUACCUCUACAACGACGUGCUCUACACCGGCAAGCUCCACGGCAGGAUGGGAGAGGGGGUCACCAUCCUGCUACCCAAAGUGACGCUCCCGACGGAUUGGGGGCAAACAAGACCCAUCACGCUCUCAAGCUCGACACUUAAGUGGCUAUCACAGCUCCUGCUAGGAAGAUGCAGCCACCACUUCGAGCCGCUCACCAAGUUUCAGUGGGCCUGGAAAGGCAAACAAGCCGAGGAGCUCAUCAUGGUCCUUCGCAAAGUUGUUAGAACGGGGGUAGAAUGGAAGCUGCCCACCUGGAUAGCCAAGCUGGAUGUCCGCAAAGCGUUCGACAGCGUACACCAGCAGAAUAUGGGGGCCAUGGUGGCGCACUGGGUCGGCGAGCGGGGGGGACAACCAUGGGAAGCAAGGACGUGGAUGGCCCUGCUAGAGGCGGAGACCGUGCAAGUCGCAAUCGGGGGGGAAAUUGUGGUCGUCCUCCAAACCACAGGAGUGCGUCAAGGGGGACCGGAUUCGCCUGUGCUGUUCUCAGCACUCAUGGGACGAGCCCUCCAGCAAGCACGCUUGCCAGCCACAAGACAGGGGGCCGGCCCCCCGUGCCCAUACAACGAAGGAGCCUUCAUGGAUGACACCUACGUCUGGGACCAUGACGCCGAGAACUUCCAAAAACGCCUCACCAGUGUGGAAGAAACGCUGAAGAAAGAUGGCCUGCACAUCCACCCGAAGAAGACGGCCAUCAUCACGAAUGCGGAGCAACCGGGACGUUUCCGCAUUGGAGGGGAGUGGGUUGAACCCCAACCGGAGGAAGGUUCCUUUCACAUUCUCGGCUCGCCAGUGGCGUUCAAGAACCAAGUCACCCUACUGAUAGCGGAAAUGCACACGAGAGCCCGCAAAGCCUUCCACGCCCAUGCCCAGGAGCUCACUGCCCGAACCCCACUUCCACCCAGACUCAAGCUGAUGCUGGUAUACCUCCGCCCUGCAGCACUGUGGGGAUGCAGUGCGUGGCCACCGCACGAAACGUACACCACCACCAGGUCCAGCGAUGGUCCACCCACGCACUGCGUCGCAUAUGGGGGCUAUGGGGACAUGUCGCCAGACAACAUGAGAGCUGCACCAAAGAGAUCCUCCUAUGGCUGGAAGGCUGAACAAGCCAACCCCAGGGGGCUGCGACAUCCGAGUCGCUUCAACCCACACACGGACAUUGAGCGAGCCGUGGCUGCCGUCGGGGGACAAGACUGGGACACUAGAGCUCAAGAUUGUCUCUGGUGGCACUCCCAAACCGAGGAGUUCGUGACGAAGCACGACCCGCCGUGGAGUAGCGGAAAGCAAAAGGCGCUUGGCAACCUC